AGUCACGGUGGAGGCCGCCUGAGGCCCGGGCGCUGAGGCGCGGAGGCCCGGAGAGCCGCGGGCGAGCGCGUCCCGUGAGGCGCCCGGAAGGGAAGGGAAGAAGCGUCCCCUCUCCCCGCGGGCCGUGGCGACUCCAGAAGGAUCUGCUGACCCAGCAGUGUGGCCAGCUUGUCACUUAGCGCCCUCCAAUCCGGGCUCAAGAGAAAAGAAAGCAAACCAAUCCAGGGAAAAGAAUUACCAGACAAAGAAUGUCAGGAGACACAGAAAGGAAGAAUGAAGUCAUUCCUACAAAAGCUGCGGUCAAAGACACAUCUGCAUUAACUGAUGCUGUAGAGCAAGUCGCCAAACAACAACAGUCACAAACAUCAGAAAUAGAAAAACAUAAAAAAAUUCUGUUCCAGUUGCAGAUUGAACUUCAUGAUCUUGAAAAACAAAUAGUGACUAUUGCUGAAGAAGCUAAAGAAACAGACAGGCAAAUGCAUCGGCAAGAUGCCGCCAUGGAGAGCUCUAAACUUCAGUGUGGACGCUUAGAAGCUCAAAUUGAGUCCUUAUAUUCAGAAAGUUUAAAACUUAAAUUUGAUACAGAAACAGCCCAAGAAAAAUUUGAGGAGCAAAUGAUAAAAUAUAAUGCAUAUUAUGUAAAAAUAAAAGCUUAUAAAGAUAAUUUAGGAGAGAUAAAAAGCCAAUGUCCAUUUAUGACUGAACUCUAUGAAAAACGAGAUCUCAUAAAAAACCUAAAGACAAUGAAAGAAGAUCUUAUGGAAAACCUCCAAGAUUCCCAAGGGAACUGCACAAUACAAUUACAGGAAGACAUUUCAGAGAUAAAGAAUAAAAUUAUGACAGUAAAAGAGUCAAUCAUUGAGAAAACAUCUUUUCUGGAAGAAGAGAAAAAGACACAUGAAAACUUAAGAAAAGAAAUAGAGGUACAACAUAAGAGAUAUGAUGCAAUUCUUAAGCGUUUGCAUUGUCAGAUGAACAAGAUUCAGUUAAAUAGGAGGAAGUGGCAAUGGAACAUCCAACAACUGGAAAAAACUGCAGCUGAGUUAAAAAAGCGGAUCAGAGAGAAGGAAGCCAGUGAAAUACAGAGCAGGCCUGCAGCACUGUGGGAGAGAAUACUGUGAAGAACCUCUGGACUCUUAACAGCCCACACACAGUAUCAGAGGCCUGUCUCAAUGACAUAUAUUGUCUUUUUCCUUUUUUUCCUCCUCUUCCUUCUUUUUCUGUUUUGAAUCAGGUAUCUGUUGGUUAAAGUGUCUUCCUGUCGAUAGUGCAUAGCAGACAAUAGCAGUGUUUACAGGAAACUAGCAGAACACUAUAUGUGCAUAUUUCAAAUGUGCAUUCCUGAAUGCUUGUUUAUAACUGUUGAAUUCACUAUCUUACAAAUUAAAAAUUUGGAAGAAACAA